UUUAUAGAUUCUUUCUAAAGUUUUUCCUCAAGUGCAAUCAGAACUGUUUGAAGAAUGCAGGCAACCCGCGAGACAUGCGAAGAUUCCAGGUUGUUGUAUCAACAACAGUCAAUGUGGAUGGCCACGUGCUGGCUGUCUCAGACAACAUGUUUGUACACAACAAUUCCAAACACGGGAGGCGGGCUCGCCGCCUUGACCCCUCAGAAGGUACGGCCCCUUCUUAUCUGGAAAAUGCUACUCCGUGCAUAAAGGCCAUCAGUCCUAGUGAAGGCUGGACUACUGGUGGGGCUACUGUCAUCAUAAUCGGAGACAACUUCUUUGAUGGCUUACAAGUCGUAUUUGGAACUAUGUUGGUCUGGAGUGAGCUGAUAACACCCCACGCCAUCAGAGUUCAAACACCACCACGGCACAUUCCAGGAGUUGUUGAAGUAACUCUCUCCUACAAAUCCAAACAGUUCUGCAAAGGUGCUCCCGGCCGAUUCGUCUACACUGCACUUAAUGAACCAACCAUAGAUUAUGGCUUUCAGAGGUUGCAGAAAGUUAUUCCACGACAUCCAGGUGAUCCCGAAAGGUUACCAAAGGAAGUAUUACUUAAGAGAGCGGCAGACCUUGUCGAAGCCCUAUAUGGGAUGCCCCACAACAACCAGGAAAUAAUCCUGAAACGAGCGGCUGACAUUGCUGAAGCGUUAUACAGCGUGCCACGCAAUCACAACCAGAUCCCCACUCUAGCCAACACUCCGGCUCACACUGGCAUGAUGGGGGUGAACUCCUUCAGCAGCCAGCUCGCCGUCAAUGUUUCCGAAACAUCACAAGCGAACGACCAAGUAGGUUACAGUCGCAACACAAGCAGUGUUUCCCCGCGAGGAUAUGUUCCCAGCAGUACUCCUCAGCAGUCCAAUUACAACACAGUCAGCAAUAGCAUGAAUGGAUAUGGCAAUGCCGGCAUGCCCAAUCUAGGUGUACCAGGUUCCCCUGGAUUUCUUAAUGGCUCCUCAGCUAACUCUCCUUAUGGCA